AUGGCUCCCAAUGAUUUGACAUCUAAGCGCUCCUUGCCGCUGCCUGAGUCAGCUCGCACCUUGGACCAACUCAACAAACGGUACAGUGUCGGCGGCAUCAACUCUUUGCCGGUUUACUUGGCCUCUGGCGAGGGGUCUCGCCUGAAGGACACUGAUGGCCGUGAGCUCAUUGACUUCAUCUGCGGAUUCAGUGCUAGCAACCUGGGACAGCGCCAUCCGCGUAUCCUCGAGGCGCAAAUCAACACAGCUAAGCAGAUCACGCUCGCCAACAUUGCUGGCCAGGCUGCGGGUUGGCCAAUCUUAGCAAAGCAGCUCUGUGAAAAGUUUGGUUACGACAGAGUCACAGCUAUGACGACCGGCUCGGAGGCUACUGACACGGCUUGCAAGCUGGCUCGUGGCUGGGGAGUAAGCGUAAAGAAGAUCGAUCCUAGUAAUGUCCUUGUUCUUGGAACAUCGGAGAACUACCAUGGCACGCUUUCUGGCGUCUGGCCACUGAUGGAGCCUGAGGCAGGCUGGGAAGAGUUUGCCACCUUCAGCAAGAACAUGACCAACAUAAAUCCCAAGACUGGCAAGGUACUUCGCUACCUGCACGCUGAGGACUACGCCGAGGUUUUUGAGCAGAUGCAUGAGCGUAUUGCCGCUGUCAUUAUGGAGCCACUCCACGGUCUUGCACGGUCGAUGGAUGAGGAGAUCAGCUUCUGCAUUAAGGUGCGCAAGCUGUGUAAAGAAUACAACAUUCUCUUUAUUGCUGAUGAGGUCCGGAUGGGCUCAUGCAAGACUGGCAAGUUCCUCAGCUCGGACUGGAUGGGCCCUGAAAACAAGCCAGACAUGGUGACAUUAGGGAAGUCAAUUUCUGGCGGCGCCUAUCCGACGUCGUACGUGCUUGGGCCCAACGAAGUCAUGAGCAAAAUGAAGCCAUACCAUUCCGUCAGCACCUUCUCCAUGUCGGCCAUGGCCGUCGCGGCCGUCCAGGCUGCACUGCGUGUGUAUGAGGAAGAGAAUCUACAACAACGGGCUCGGGACAUUCAGCAAAAGUGGGUUACGGAGACGUCUACCUGGAACUUUCCGUAUCUGAGAUACGCUCCUGGCUUCGGCGCCGACUUGAACCUGCUCCUGGACGAGGAGUAUCAGCGUCGCCCUGAGAACAUCUCGCCUCGUCGGCUGUCGUUGCUUUGCGUGAGUAAAGGAUUGCUUGUUUUCCCUGGACCCCACGGCCGGGUGCGACUGGGUGUGGCUCUGACGAUCAGCGAUGAAGCUCUCCUCAAGGGGUUUGAGAUCCUAAGGGAGGCGCUGGAAGAGCUACCUCUGUAUGGAGAUAUUGAGGGGUCUGAGGAGACAGCUGGGGCAUUUUAG